AUGACACAUCAAAAGAACAAAACAAUUAUCGUGGAAGUCUUCUUUGUCGGAUUUGAAGGUCUCGCUGAGUACAAAGUUCCAUUAUUCCUUCUCCUGUUCAUCCUCUACACAUUCACCUGCUUCGAGAACUUCCUGAUAAUCCUGUUAAUAUGUAGGAGCCCUCGCCUCCAUUCCCCCAUGUACUUCCUGAUCGCCAACUUGCUCUGCUGUGAAAUUAUCUAUGUCACGAACCUGGCUCCUUCCUUGAUGCACAGCAUCCUAUCGGGGAGAUGGUCCAUGGACUUCAUCAGCUGCCUUGUCCAGAUAAACGUUAUGCUGGCUGUUACAACUUUUGAGAUUUUCCUGCUCACGCUGAUGUCGUAUGACAGAUACCUGGCGAUUUGUCAGCCAUUGAGAUACUCUGCCCUCAUACACAACAGACUCUGCCUGUAUUUCGUCAUCGGCUUUUGGAUCAGUUUGCUCAUUAUUAUUUCGGUAGAAUUUUACUUUUUACUCACGAUGGUAUUCUGUGCCCCUAUCGCCAUGCAGCACUUUGUCUGUGAAUACACUAGUUUCGUCCUGUGUGCGUGUAUUAUGUCGGAUAGGAUGCCCCUGGAUAUAUAUGGCUAUGUGAUCAGCGCUAUAAUCAAUGUACCGUAUCUAUUCAUUAUUGUUUCAUACAUUUUCAUCAUAGUCUCAGUUCUCAGGAUAAGGUCAUCAGCUGGCAGACAGAAAGCCUUCUCCACUUGUGGUUCCCAUCUCCUGUUUGUGUCUAUAUACUUCAGCAUGCCUUUCAUAACUUUGAUGCCAGGAGCAGUAAAUUACUAUAAUGAGUUGGCUUUCCUGUACUACGGGGUGCCUCCACUGAUAAACCCCAUCAUUUACAGUUUAAGAAACCAGGAGAUCCAUAAAGCUCUACAGACAGCAAUGAGUGACAUGAAGCGAUAUUUUACUGUUAAAAUACAUUAA